ACUGCAAGGGACGCUGCGUCUCUACUCUUGAAGAAAUCACGAUGUCGACCAACACGGACCUUUCCCUUUCUUCGUAUGAUGAAGGUCAGGGGUCUAAGUUUAUUCGGAAAGCUAAGGAGACACCAUUUGUCCCCAUUGGAAUGGCAGGGUUUGCAGCAAUUGUUGCCUACGGACUGUACAAACUGAAGAACAGGGGAAAUACAAAGAUGUCCAUCCACUUGAUCCACAUGCGUGUGGCCGCCCAGGGCUUUGUUGUUGGAGCUAUGACUCUCGGUAUGGGCUAUUCCAUGUAUAAGGAAUUCUGGGCCAAGCCUAAGCCGUAGAAGAUGAGCUGCCGCCUUGACUGGGAAGUGCUUGCUUUACUUAGAUGUCUCAUAUUGAGGUUAUAUGUUUGUGUCACAAUAAAUAAUGUGGGUUUA